AUGUGGCCGAACUGCCCCCAGCUCCUCAGCAAGGGCAUUCCUUCGACCAUGGACCCGCUGCCCUACUGCACCGUCGCCAACACAGAACACAACCGCGCCAGCCUCGAGGCCUGCGGCACCACCAACAUUACUUUCUACGUCGGCCCCGGAUUCCCCGAGGGCUCGGAGUGCGCGCUGAGAGCGAGCCCGAAGGACCUCGAUUCGUGGGCUACCUACGACUGCCUUGUCAAUGAGACCGCGUUUACCCUUAAUGCGACCGGAGGCGGGUUCGGGACGUGCUACACGACCGUGAAGAAGGGCGGCUCGUACAAGUACGGGGUCAGCAAGCUGCUUCUCUUCGUCGCGGUCAUGGGACUGGUCGGCGCCGCCGUGGGCGAGGCCGUGUCGAAUACCUCCACCCCGACCGUACAGCCUAACGCGCCGUGGGCUAACUGCUCAGAGCUCUCCAAGGGCGUGCUAAUGUUCAACGACACCACCCUCUUGAACAAAACCAACCUAUACAAGGCCCCCCUCACACUCUUGAACGGCAUCGAAGACACCAGCUCCGACUCCUUCUGCGUCAUCCCCAACACCCCGGACAACCUCGACCUGCUGGAGUCCUGCGGGCCCAUCCCGUCGCUCUACGUCGGCGCCGGCUUCCCAGAGGGAUCGAACUGCUUGCUCAAGCAGAACACGUCCGCGGACCUGUCAUAUAUAUCCUCUUGCAUUUCCGUCGGCCCAGUCCAUGGGUUCGAGAACGGGAGCCGUGCGCUGAAGACUUGCUUUUAUGGUGAGACCAAGUGCGUGACAGCAGAUUCCCGUUCAUUGUGCGGGGGCAGAGGACAAGCAAGCAGUGCUACGCGCCAGCACGGUGGUGUUAGCAAGCUGCUCCUCUCUGUCGCGAUCCUAGGCCUUCUCGGGGCUGCCGUCGACGCCAGCAUACUUCACAAACUCCUCCUCCUCACCCUCAUCCUCGGCAUGGUCACCGCCGCCGCCGGCACCUCCAUCCCAGCGCCUCUCCCCCGCGACACCACCCCAUGGUCCAACUGCACCUCGCUCAACUACCCCACCUCCCUCACCGACACCACCACCGACCACUUCUGCGUCGUCCCCAACACGGCCUCGAACCACGAAACGCUGCAGUCCUGCGCCGCGGCCAACAUAACCGAGUACGUCGGCGCAGGCUACCCGCCGGGCUCGGGCUGUCUGCUGCGGUGGAACACGGCGGCGGAGACGUUUGCGGUCUCGGCGUGCAUUACGCGGGGUGAGCUUUCGGGCUGGGGGAAUGGGAGUGUGCCGGUGCAGACGUGCUUUGGCAAGGGCGGGGCGAAGUGCGUCUCGGAUAGGAAGACUACUGGGAUUCAUUGCGAGGCGAGGACGGGGGGUGGUGCGAGUGUAAGGGGGGUGGGCAAGAUGCUUUGGCUUGCUGUGGGCGUUGGCGUGGUGGGAGUGGUCGUGGGUGGGUUUUAG